GGCUGGCCCACACCAAGUGGGCAUUCGCGCCUAGGGAUGCCGGUAAUUGCUGUGGUGGCCACAGACGACACUGCUUUUGGUCUAGGGCUCGGGUUGACGGAGACACCCUACAAUCCGGCCUCCUCCGAUCAUUUUAGGCCGAAGCCUCCUUAUAACAGGCCUGGAUUGUUGGAGCUGAAAGAUCUUUUAACAACAAUUAUUAUUAUCCCCAUUUCUGAUGAACUGAAUCUCAGAGAAUGGAAGAGAACCAUGUGUGCUCAGUACUGCAUCUCCUUUGCUGAUGUUGAAAAAGCUCAUAUCAACAUUCGAGAUUCUGUCUACCUCACGCCAGUGCUAACAAGCUCCAUUUUAAAUCAAAUAGCAGGACGCAGUCUUUUCUUCAAAUGUGAACUCUUCCAGAAAACUGGGUCUUUUAAGAUUCGUGGUGCCCUUAAUGCCAUCAGAAGCUUAAUUCCUGACACUUUGGAAGGGAAGCCCAAAGCUGUUGUUACUCACAGCAGUGGAAACCAUGGCCAGGCUCUCACCUUUGCUGCCAGACUGGAAGGGAUUCCUGCUUACAUAGUGGUGCCUCAAACCGCUCCCAACUGCAAGAAACUGGCAAUUCAAGCCUAUGGAGCCUCUAUAGUAUACAGUGAACAGAGUGACGAGUCCAGGGAAAAGGUCACUCAAAGAAUUAUGCAAGAAACAGAAGGCAUCUUGGUCCAUCCCAACCAGGAGCCUGCAGUGAUAGCCGGACAAGGGACAAUCGCCCUGGAAGUGCUGAACCAGGUUCCCUUGGUGGAUGCACUGGUGGUCCCAGUAGGGGGAGGAGGAAUGAUUGCUGGAAUAGCCAUUACAAUUAAGGCCCUGAAACCCAGUGUGAAGGUAUAUGCUGCCGAACCUUUGAAUGCAGAUGACUGCUACCAGUCCAAACUGAAAGGGGAACUGACUCCCAAUCCUCAUCCUCCAGAGACCAUAGCAGAUGGUGUCAAAUCAAGCAUUGGCUUAAACACCUGGCCUAUUAUCAGAGACCUUGUAGACGAUGUCUUCACUGUCACAGAGGACGAAAUCAAGUGGGAGGCCAGAAAGCCCCUGGACAGCAAGUGCUGAAAGAAGAGAAAGGAAGAAUUUAGUGACGUACUGCUUCACUACUGGAAAAUUCAUUUCCAAUCACAACAACCCAACGGUCACUGGGAAACUCAAGACUUAGCUAACACUAAUGAAACGUCAAAAUGAAGUACAUCUUCCCAGUUUUCCUCUGGGCAAGAGCAGCCUAGAUAUAAAAAUUCUCUUUAAGCCAGAUGGUGGUGGCGCACGCCUUUAACACCACUGCUCGGGAGGCAGAGGCAGGCAGAUCUCUGUGAGUUAGGCCAGCCUGGUCUACAGAGUGAGUUCCAGGACAGCCAGGGCUGUUAUACACAGAGAAACCCUGUCUCAAAACAAAAUAAUAAUAAUGAUAAUAAAAAAGUUGUUUUAAAGUAAUAAAAAAAGCUAAUUAACUUUC